CUCGCGGGCCGGUGGCUAUGGAGGCGGCGGCGGUUGAUGGUUGACCGUUGGCUCCAGGGUAGGGGUCGCCGCUUGGGCGAUCCGCUCAAACCAGACCAGAGCGCGUGGGCUGCUAACGCUCGACCUGGAGCCGGCGGGCGAGACCUAGUUGGGCUCCGCCAUGCCGGCUGGGAGUAACGAGCCGGACGGCGUCCUCAGCUAUCAGCAGAGACCAGAUGAAGAAGCUGUGGUGGAUCAGGGUGGGACCAGCACAAUUCUCAACAUUCACUAUGAGAAAGAAGAGUUGGAAGGUCAUAGAACUCUGUACGUGGGGGUCCGGAUGCCCCUGGGCCGGCAGAGCCACCGGCACCACCGAACCCAUGGCCAGAAGCACCGGAGACGAGGGCGGGGCAAAGGAGCCAGCCAGGGGGAGGAAGGCCCAGAGGCCCUGGCCCACGACACACCAUCUCAGCGCGUUCAGUUCAUUCUCGGCACCGAGGAGGAUGAAGAGCAUGUGCCCCACGAGCUGUUCACAGAGCUGGAUGAGAUCUGUCUGAAAGAGGGGGAAGAUGCCGAGUGGAAGGAGACAGCCAGGUGGCUGAAGUUUGAAGAAGAUGUUGAGGACGGGGGAGAACGCUGGAGCAAGCCUUACGUAGCAACCCUUUCACUGCACAGCCUCUUUGAGCUAAGGAGCUGCCUUAUUAAUGGAACGGUCCUUCUGGAUAUGCGUGCGAAUAGCAUAGAAGAAAUUUCAGACCUGAUCCUGGACCAGCAGGAACUGUUCAGUGACCUGAAUGACAGCAUGAGGGUUAAAGUACGCGAAGCCCUUCUCAAAAAGCAUCACCAUCAGAAUGAAAAGAAGAGAAAUAACCUCAUUCCCAUUGUUCGGUCCUUUGCUGAGGUUGGCAAGAAGCAGUCUGAUCCACAUUCAAUGGAUAAAAAUGGUCAAACUGUGUCUCCUCAGUCCGUUCUGACUACAAAUCUUGAAGUGAAAAAUGGAGUGAAUUGUGAACACAGUCCAGUGGACUUAAGCAAGGUGGACCUUCAUUUCAUGAAGAAAAUUCCCACCGGGGCAGAGGCCUCGAACGUCCUGGUGGGAGAGGUGGACUCUCUGGACCGGCCCAUCGUCGCCUUUGUGAGGCUGUCCCCAGCUGUCCUUCUCUCAGGCCUGACAGAAGUGCCCAUCCCGACAAGAUUUUUGUUUAUCCUAUUGGGUCCAGCAGGGAAAGGUCAGCAAUACCACGAGAUUGGCAGAUCCAUGGCCACCAUCAUGACAGAUGAGAUUUUUCAUGAUGUGGCAUAUAAGGCAAAAGAGCGUGAUGAUCUCCUGGCGGGGAUUGACGAGUUCCUAGACCAGGUGACGGUGCUCCCCCCAGGGGAGUGGGACCCCUCCAUUAGAAUUGAGCCACCCAAAAACGUCCCUUCCCAGGAGAAAAGGAAAAUGCCUGGAGUUCCAAAUGGAAAUGUCUGCCACAUAGAACCGGAACCACACGGAGGCCACAGCGGGCCAGAACUUCAGCGCACCGGGCGGCUCUUUGGGGGCUUGGUGCUGGAUGUCAAGCGGAAGGCCCCCUGGUACUGGAGCGACUACCGGGAUGCACUCAGCUUGCAGUGUUUGGCCUCCUUUCUGUUCCUGUACUGUGCCUGCAUGUCGCCUGUCAUCACCUUUGGGGGGCUGCUCGGAGAAGCCACUGAGGGACGCAUAAGUGCAAUUGAAUCCUUGUUCGGAGCCUCCAUGACUGGGAUUGCCUAUUCCUUGUUUGCCGGACAGGCUCUCACCAUCCUGGGAAGCACUGGGCCAGUGCUUGUGUUUGAAAAGAUUUUGUUCAAAUUCUGCAAAGACUACGCUCUUUCAUACCUCUCCCUGCGAGCUUGUAUCGGACUGUGGACCGCCUUUCUGUGUAUUGUCCUUGUGGCAACUGACGCCAGUUCCCUUGUCUGCUACAUUACCCGCUUCACUGAAGAAGCCUUUGCCUCCCUGAUUUGUAUUAUUUUCAUCUAUGAAGCAAUAGAAAAGCUGAUUCAUCUGGCAGAGACCUACCCCAUCCACAUGCAUAGCCAGCUGGACCACCUUAGCCUGUAUUACUGCAGGUGCACUGUCCCAGAGAACCCAAACAACCACACCUUACAGUACUGGAAGGACCACAACAUCGUGAUCACGGAAGUGCACUGGGCCAACCUGACUGUUAGCGAAUGCCAGGAUAUGCAUGGCGAGUUCACUGGCUCUGCGUGCGGCCACCAUGGACCCUAUACUCCUGAUGUGCUCUUUUGGUCCUGCAUUCUCUUCUUCACCACCUUCAUCCUCUCCAGCACCUUGAAGACAUUUAAGACAAGCCGCUACUUCCCAACCAGAGUCCGCUCCAUGGUGAGUGACUUUGCUGUUUUCCUCACCAUCUUCACCAUGGUGAUUAUUGACUUUUUGAUUGGAGUCCCAUCACCAAAGCUUCAAGUUCCCAGUGUGUUCAAGCCAACAAGGGAUGAUCGAGGGUGGAUUAUUAGUCCCAUCGGCCCCAAUCCCUGGUGGACUGUGAUAGCUGCAAUUAUCCCAGCUCUUCUCUGCACUAUCUUAAUAUUCAUGGAUCAGCAGAUCACAGCUGUCAUCAUUAACAGGAAGGAACACAAACUCAAGAAAGGAUGUGGCUACCACCUGGACCUGCUGAUGGUGGCCAUCAUGCUGGGUGUCUGCUCCAUCAUGGGCCUGCCCUGGUUCGUGGCUGCAACUGUCCUGUCCAUCACACAUGUGAACAGCCUCAAACUGGAAUCUGAGUGCUCUGCCCCUGGAGAACAGCCCAAAUUCUUGGGUAUUCGAGAACAGAGAGUGACAGGCCUCAUGAUCUUUGUGCUGAUGGGCUGCUCAGUGUUCAUGACAGCUAUAUUAAAGUUCAUCCCGAUGCCAGUCCUCUAUGGAGUUUUCCUCUACAUGGGAGUGUCUUCACUGCAGGGGAUUCAGUUCUUUGAUCGUCUGAAGCUCUUUGGGAUGCCUGCCAAGCACCAGCCGGACUUCAUCUACCUGCGGCACGUGCCGCUGCGCAAGGUACACCUCUUCACCCUCAUCCAGCUGACCUGCCUUGUCCUGCUCUGGGUCAUCAAGGCGUCUCCAGCUGCCAUCGUCUUUCCAAUGAUGGUUUUGGCCUUGGUCUUUGUCAGGAAAGUCAUGGAUCUCUGUUUCUCUAAGCGUGAGCUGAGCUGGUUAGAUGAUCUCAUGCCCGAAAGCAAAAAGAAGAAGUUGGAUGAUGCCAAAAAGAAGGCCAAGGAGGAAGAGGAGGCCGAGAAAAUGUUAGAAAUGGGAGGAGACAAGUUCCCCUUAGAGAGCAGGAAGUUACUGAGUAGUCCUGGAAAGAACAGCAGUUUCAGGUGUGACCCCUCUGAGAUUAAUAUAUCUGAUGAAAUGCCGAAAACCACAGUCUGGAAAGCUCUCAGUAUGAAUUCUGGAAACACAAAGGAAAAGAGAACCGCCGCCAUUGAAGACCCAGCUUCCCAUUUUCCAGACAUUUCCUCUGAAACCCUCUGCUGGCCUGCUGAGCCAUACGGAUCCAUUCUGCCUCUGAGGAUUGCCUCAGGGAGGUCCCUCUUCCCCCAGGAUGAGGUCGGGGAGUGGAAGGCGAGCAGAGAAGAAAGGGAAGCCUCUCCAGUUCCGGGGCGGUUGCAGGCUCCUGGGCAGCCCUGAGCCUUGGUUUGGUUGCCUACUCUGGGGGAUGCUGGUCAGACCCAGAGGCUGUCAGGAGGGUCUGCUCCUAGGCGGGGCAGUGCCCACCGCUGCAGCCAGAAGAUGCCUCUGACCCGGGCGCAUCUUCAUUGCUCCCUAGCAGCAGCCUGCAGAACUCAGCGAGAACCUUGGAUGAUGAAGGGGCCAAGGGGGACACUGGAGUUGCUUAGCUUAGACAGGAAAAGGCUCAGGGGGACAUCAGUCAUGAUGAGUGAGGAUGAGCAGCUGCUCUCGGUGUUGUUGAUAGAAAAAGAGAAUGAACCUAAAUUGCUACAGAAGGAAGUAGUUUAGAUACCAGGAAGGACUUCCUAGCCUGAAGAAUGGUCAUGGUGUCUGCUUUCUAGGUACCUGGGAAAGGUUUGAUUGUAGUUGUUUGUGAGUAGAAAGGGAGAUGAGGUGUUUUUAUUGGCCGUGUUGUGGAAACACCCGUGUCUUGCUGCUGUCCCUUAAAGACACAGUCUGAUUCCCCUCCUGGAGAGAUCCAGGGGCUUACGUAAUGUCUCCUUAGCUGCCUUAGUAGCAAACCAUCCUCAACUCAAUGGACCAAACCACCUUCAGCCGUGUGGUUGCUUCAUCAUCGUGAGGGUUUUUUGUGGACAACUGUUCUGACUUUCAGAUGUAAAAAGCCACAUUGGGAAAUGGACUGUAAGUGGUGAAAUUAAUUUUGGUAUUUAGCUUAAAACUAUAGUUUUCGUCUUCUCUGUUGCAGUGAAUACUGAGGGUUUGGGCUCCAAUGUGUAUAGACUUUCCCUUCCUUUGUGCACAGAACGUGACUAGCAAGCAUGUCGGUACCCAGGGAAUCAGAUCAGCUCAGUUUCCAUCCUAGAAAAUAGUUCUCCAGUGGGACCCUCGGUGUGUGCUCCUUUCAUAGGUGAAGAGUUGGCUACAUAACUUCUUGGAGUUUGGUAUUCUUUAGACGACAAAAAUAGAUCAGUCUAUUCUAGUCUUAUUCUUAAGGACCUUUGAUAUUGAAGGAAUCCUGCAUUUCUUUCAUAUUUCCCUAUCUCCUGGAGCCACAGUUAUUUUAAUACACAGAUGAUUUUCAAAAUAUUUAACAACUGGUACGGGAUGGACACCAACCAUUCAGAACGGAUGCCUGCUGUAAACUACCAGUAGGUAUGGCUGUACCAGUGCCACUGGCUGAACGUCACGCUGCUUUCAAAUAUUAAAAUGAUAUCCCUUUGAAUUGUGGGUAUUGUUCCUGGUUUGUCUGAUUUCUACCCACCAGGCUGUUUUAGGGACAACCUCGGCUUCCUUUUCUAUGGUGCAGACAGGAACAGUUAUGCUUCUUUGAACUCUAUGGGCAUUAAAAUCUUCGAGAGCCAAAGCUUCACAUUUUAUCACUUUAGCAUUAAUGUAAUAAUCAUCAUACCCACCUACCUGCCCAUUUAGAAAAACAUCGAAAGGCAACCCGUCAAUGGGAAAAGCUUUCUUGCUAAUCUUCCCUGUCCCUCUCUGGCUGCUUCCUUGAGCCUGCCUCCUUUUUCAUCUUCUCUGUUCCCUUAGAACAAACCCUUACCUUCCUCCACCUUCCUCCCCCAUCUCUUCUUGCUGCCUCCGCUCCCGUGUCGCAGCCUCAGUGUGGCUGAAAGGCACAGAACGGGAAAGAAUACAUCAUGUGACAGAACUAGGUGACAGUUCAGCGCACCUCACACACUGAGGUCUUGUGGUGCCCUGUGCCACCAGGUUUCUGGAGAGUGGGGGGCCUGUCUUUGUUAACUCGGCAUAGUGCAUGCGCCCCGAGCCAGACCCUCCCAGGUUACUGCACCUUCAGAAAGUUGGCUUGGAAAGGCUGGGCCAGUCUUUAGGCUCUUAGAUUUCCCUCCAGCAGUAGGUGGCCUCAUCUGUACCGCACGUUGGUGGUAGGAGCAUUCCCUACUCUUCCUCACUCGUCUUUCCCGUGUCCCACCCAGCACUCCACCUCAGUCCUGGCUGCUUCCUUGUUCAGGUCUGCAGCCAUGACCAUGGGUGGCAGAGUUAAGCUGGGUGGUCUGUAGGGUAGGAAACUGGGAGUGAUGGUGAAGAGACAGCCACAUGUGUGUGUGUGCGUGUGUCUGCAUGUGUGUUUGUCAACAGAUGAAUGUGGACCCAUGAGAUUUCAGCGCUGUUAUUAAACAGCCUCAUGCACCUAGACUGUGGGGAUAUUAAAAGGUUUAAUAAGGUUAUUCUCCCACUUAAGGCGUCCCUUCUCUACUCUGACGGAACAGCUUGAGGGCAAAUACAGGCACAUUAGUCUUGAAAAAGGUGUUUCCACUCAACAUUACAGAGAAACUGAUUGAGGAGUAGAAAGCAAGGCAGGUAGUUAGGGAAUUUCUACACCAAGGCUUGUUUGGGCCAGAGAAGUGGGCCACCUCUUUUAGGACAAGGGGAGAUUUCAAGAAUAGUUUGAGUGUUGGCAGGCCAAUGCCCUGAUAGGUUGGUAGUGUAGAAGAAGGGAGGUGGGGAGGCCAGGGAUUUAAGAAAGUGAUGGUGAGUGGAAUCUCAGUUCUAAGGGGAAGAACUGGCAUCACUAAGUGGGUGGGUUCCUUCCCAGCCCUUGACUUAGAGAAGAGUUGGCCUAGGGAGAAGGUGAAGGCCAGCAGAAAUAUGCUGUGAAACUGCCAAAAAUGUUUGGUUGCACAAAAUGCAGGCUAGCUCCUUUUAGGUAUAUAUGACUUCAGACUUCUGCUAUUGGAGUAAUUGGGAGAGCUGGUCCUUGCUGCACACAGCUCCUAUUCCUAUAUCCUUGUUCAUACGCAUUUGCCUUUGGGGUAGAGAGGUAGGGAACCAUAUAUUUUCAAAAAAUGUUAUAAAUAGUCUCUAUUUGUCUGGAAUAUGACUGGCUUUUCAAUUAGUCAUAGGUGUUUGAUAAAAAAUCUGGUAUACGCCAAGUCUUAGAUGUGGUUGACAUCUCAGGCUAUGACAAACGCGACCUUCAAGAGGUCUCUGGUUUGGGGAAUCUGGUUUCUGGUCAUCCAAAAAAAAGAAUUCCCAGUUCUACUUUAUUUUCCACCUAUGCAGUGCUCUGGACUUCCGUCUUCAUGGAGGAAUUGGCCAUUCUCCCUGAAAUUCCUCUGUCAAUGUCAGUGUCCAUGUUUGGAGUCGCCAGGCUUUCCUGAAGCUUAGGAGAAAGCUUGAGCUCAGGGCCCGUGGCUUUCAUUUUAACCAGCAUCACACAUACUAUGCGGUCUGUUCUCUCUGCUACUUUAUCAGCUGCUCUAAAUGUCUUCUUUCCAUGGAGAGUUAGCACCUCCUCCGAGGAUUUUUAAGCAAUCUCUGCUAGUCUGUUACCGCAUUUCCCCAGACUUCUCAGGUUUCCCAGCCGCAUCCUGGCAGGACACUGAGCAUGCACUGGAUGUUUUCAGCCGUCUUGUCUUCCUCUGGUUGUAGCUCUCAGGCCUCCUGCAAGGUCAAAAUCCCUCCUCCUGGCCCUGGGCUGGCCAAAUGUGACAUCAUCCUCAGUUUUGUCCCCUUUUACUGACCCAGCUUUUUCAAGCUCCCUUUCCCCUCCUUUCUGCUUUUUCCUCCAUCUUUCAAGUUCUCUUUGGAAAGAAAAGGAGUGCUUGGUCACAGGUCCUUCACUGCCAGUUGGAGGUGGUGGGAGAGGUGAGGAGCCUGGCGGGUUCUGGGGCUUCUCAAAAAGGGAACUUGGUGGUUAUUUGCCUUAUUUAGAAUGAGGGACAAAGGAUUCGCAAGCCCUCAGGCUCAUCCGUAUUUCAGCGUAUGAGAAAGACAUUCCAAACCCAAAUCGAAGGGAUUUUUUUCUACCAAAUCUACUGUUUAUGAUUCUUGGUGCCCUUGGUGUCUUAUAUUAAUUACAGAGAAUGCCUAGUUGACCCAGUUCGCAUUUCUUUACCAGAAAGGAGGCUAAUCUUCAUCACCAAAAGAAGUGUGAAGUCACUGUAUUGCUUGAAGCUGAAAAGAGGAAAAGGAGGGUCAUGUGAAUCUUUUUAAUGGGAAAAUUCAGAAAGUGGAAUGAUUCCUCCCGAGGCCUAACUCGUAGGAGAUUCUGUGCGCAAAGGGAUAUGAAAUGGUUUUUCUGAUCCUUCUAAAAAGAAAAAGGAUAGCGUUUUCUUAAACCCAGCCCACUUUCAGCAUUGGAGAAAACAGAAUUCUUCUGUCUUGUCCAAUGGCAUUAGUAUUUCUGAGAGAGAGAGAGAGAGAAAGCGACCACCCACAGCCUGCCCGAGCCCAGCAGCAAUCAGCAGAGCUUGGGCUGUUCUCAGCAGCUUCGCAGUUGACUCCAGCAUGCAGGGUUUUCACACAAGCAAUAACGUUGGAAACAGAAGUACCAAACUGAAUGUGCAACUACUCCUUUUGCAAAAGAGGCCAAAAUCCUCCUCCCCGCACCUCCCUCCUGUAUUCACUCCUCCAAGAUGAUAAUAAGCCUCCCUCUCGUCUGUCUGUGUCUGUCUGUCUGUCUGAUUGGUUAGAUACAGCCGCCCUCCCAAGCAAAUGGUGUUGAGUGGAGAGCAGAGCAACCUUCCCACGGAAGGGACCACUUGAGGUGCUGGUACAUUUCCCUCGUUUUCUAUGUUCUUUCUAGUAGGUCUCCUGUAGAGAUAGAGAUAUUUUUGUUUUAGAGAUUCCAAAGUAUAUAUUUUUAGUGUAAGAAAUGUACCCUCUCCACACUCCAUGGUGUAAAUAGAACAAGAGCCAAUGCGUCGUUGUGCUAAUCCCGUAGCGAGCUGCGGUAGGAACAGGCCCCCCCCACCCCCGCCCCACCCCCGACCACCAAGUCUCAUGGUCUGUGUGAACCAGGGGAGGUGAUGGUGACACCUCUGCCUGCCCAGACCUUCCUGUGCUCAAUGAGUGACAAAUAAAAUCUGUGUAACUGUUCA